AUGGCCCGCUUCCACGUGCAGCCGGCGGGCGACCACGCGUUGGCGCGGUACGAGCCGCUGGCGGCGGGCGCGGGCCCGGAGAGCCCCGCGAAGGCGGCCAUCUUGAAGUACCACGUGGCGCUCAAGCUCCGCGAGACGUUUGGCUUUGGCGACGACAACCGCCUCCUCGGCCACUUCGACGUGUGGCUCGCCAAGGACGUGCUCCUCCAGGGCCACAUGUACAUCACGCGCGACGCCGUGUGCUUCUUUUCCGUGCUCCCGGGCCAGUUCUCCGCGACGGAGCUCAGCGACCCCGAGUUGGCGCUCCACGCCGGGCCCUUGGGCCACAAGUUGGCCCACUACGGCGAGUCCGUGUUCUCGUCCGUGUACACCAACCGGUUCUGGGCCGUGUUGAGGCCGCAGACAUUGAGCAUCUACACGUCGCCCACCAAGCUCUACUUCCCCGUGCGCACCAUCGACCUCCGCACCGCGGUCUCCUGCGAGAUCUUGGAGCCGGGCACCGCCGGCUUCAGCGUGGCCAGCCCCGUCGACAGCCCCAGCGCCAGCCUGGCCCCCACGGAGCCGCUGGUGGCGCAGCUCGCCCCCGACAGCUCGGGGCUUGCCGACGACGACUCGCACGAGGAGAACGUGCAGUCCGGCGUGUGGUUCAAGAUCAACUUCUCCGACAAGUCCUACCGCUUCCACACCAGCAGCAUCUACUCGGCCCGCCACUGGUACAACAGCAUUUCUAAAGCCAUCUUCCUGCUCCACAACGCAAACUCCCAGCGCGAGGUGGUCUUGCGGCUCCCCAUAGAGGACAUCACGGGCCACACCAAGAACCCCAUCCUCGCCGGCCCAGACGCUCUAGACGCGCCAGACGAGGACACGCCCGUGUCCUUCUCCAUCGCGUUCUCUGCCCCGCCCGACGCGAACGACUCGAAACUCCAUAAGUUGAAGUUGAAAACAAAGAAAACGCACGACGCAAGUGUCGUCCAGGACCAUGUGCACUUUCUUGUUUUCCGGAGGGGGGAAGAGCUCUGCGAUUGCUUCGAGAACGUCUUGGAAAGAAGCGAGGUCGAUGCCACCGACCGUAAUCGCAAGCUCAAGAAAAAGGCAAAGAAAGUAAUGACCACUAUCCAGCCAGACUACUGUUCCAACGUCUCGAUCAUCGACAGGAUCGUCGACAUGAACACCAAGAUCACUCUCUCCCGGGAGAAGGAACUCGCAAAAUCGGCCGAGGAGCAGGCGAACGCUUUGCUGGACCAGGGAACUGAUCUUGAGAGCAAGAAGUUCGCGUAUGUGCCUAAUUUCAAGAUCAUGAAAGACAAGCUCUUGCCGAAGUCAAGCCCACUCAGCAGCCUUUCCACCUUUGGCGAGGGGCUCUUCGAGGGCUUUCGCAAAGACGCUCCGCCAACUCCCAACGAUACAAAGAAGGGCAGGAAAGACCCGGGUUUUGGAGAGGCUCUGAAGCGAGGGAAACUCCGUUCCUUGAAGAAGCUGUUGAGAACGGUCUCAACCAUGGGCGGUGUGUGGUCUGCGAAGCCUGAACACUACGAUCGGGUUUUUGGUCACAGCAAGUAUUAUGUUGCAAAUCGCAGAGAGAAGGCCAGAGCGCUCAAUCAUUUUCGGAAUCACUUCUCCCUUGGUGCCGAAACUCACUUGGUGGCCACGUAUUACGCACACUUGAAAAAGGCAGUCCCUGUGUUUGGAAGGUUGUACGUGGGGAAAGACCAGUUAUGUUUUAGGAGCAUGAUUCCUGGUGUAUCUACAAAGAUGGUGCUUCCCCUUCGGGACAUGCAGAGCUGUAAAAAACGGGCCCACCUGUAUCAGUAUGCGGGGCUUGUUGUGAGGAUAAGGGGGCUUAAUGAUCUCCAACUAGUGUUUGGAAGCAAAGAUGCACGGGACGACUGCCAAAAAGUGAUUUUGAAGCUCGUUAGAAAAGUGGGAUGUCAUCAUCCGGACAGCGAGUUUGUACAAGAUGAUGAGCUGAGCUCUUCAAUGGACAUCGAUGAGACCGAGAAACAGAACGCAAAGAGCGAAGGCAUUGCCAAGUCUCGAGUGCAUGCUGCCCGGUUGAGGCUUCUCGAAGACAAGAUCAGCUAUGCUACUGGCAUAGAUAUGCCACUCAUACUUGAGGACAGCCCAUUCACUACCACGGAAGUGAAGCUAGCGAAAUGCUACAAGAUCACAUUCCUCACAAUAGGUUCGCGGGGGGAUGUCCAGCCAUACAUUGCCCUUGGCAAAGCAUUGGUCAAGGAGGGUCACGAGGUGACAAUUGCCACGCAUGCCGAGUUCGAGGAUUGGAUCACGAAGAAUGAGAUAAAAUUCAAGGAGGUGGCUGGAAACCCGGCAGCACUAAUGCAAUUGAUGGUAUCGCACGGGUCCAUCUCGGUGGGCUUUUUGAAGGAGGCAAGCACGAAGUUCCGAGGCUGGAUUGGCGAGCUUCUUGAAACGAGCUGGAAAGCUUGUCAGGGGGCUGAGCUACUCAUUGAGAGCCCGUCUGCGAUGGCCGGCCUUCACAUAGCUGAGGCCUUGAACAUUCCUUACAUGCGGGCAUUCACCAUGCCCUGGACGCGAACAAGAGCGUAUCCACACGCAUUCUUGGUCCCUGAUCAAAAUCGAGGUGGGUCCUACAAUUUCUUGACCCACGCCAUGUUCGAGAAUGUGUUCUGGAAGGGAAUCUCGGGACAAGUAAACAAGUGGAGACAAGAAACGCUCGGCCUUCGGCGCACCAGCUUGGUCAAGAUGCAACAGACACGUAUACCAUUUCUAUAUAACGUGUCCCCGGCCAUGUUCCCUCCUUCGGUGGAUUUCCCAGAUUGGGUGAAAGUGACGGGAUACUGGUUCUUGGAUGAGGGGUCGGAUGAGUAUGAGCCGCCGGAAGAAUUGGUCAAGUUUCUUGAAGAGGCCAAAUCAAACAACGAAAAGAUCGUGUACGUGGGCUUCGGGUCCAUUGUCGUGUCCAACGCAAAAGCUUUGACUGAAACCAUUGUGGAGGCCGUUGUUGAGCUGGGAGUGAAGUGCAUUUUGAACAAGGGCUGGUCCGAUAAAAUGAGCAAACACAAGGAUGAGAUUGAGGUCAAAUUGCCUCCCCAGGUCUACGAUGCGGGCAUGAUUCCUCACGACUGGCUUUUUCCCAGAAUCGAUGCCGCGGUACAUCACGGGGGCUCCGGCACCACUGGGGCUACUUUGAGGGCAGGGCUUCCGACUAUCAUCAAACCGUUUUUUGGGGAUCAGUUCUUCUUCGCUUCCCGCGUAGAGGAUCUCGGGGCGGGAAUCGCCCUCAAGAACCUCAACAAAAAGUCAUUCACCAAAGCCCUCAAGUCUAUUACGUCGGAGCAAAAGUUCUCGGCUAAAGCAGUUGAGAUUGGGAAAAACAUGAGCCACGAGAGAGGGGUCUACUCAGCCAUUGAGGCGAUCUACACCGAGCUAGCAUACUCGAGGUCUCUCAUUCUGGUGAUCAGGAACAACGCCGAGCAAAGAAAAUGCAACGGCGAUAAGACAGGAGCACAAACACUGAUAGCAGACGAUGAGGCCUUCGACAUGCUUGAUGAGACACAAGAAGGUGACACAAGUGAUGAGAUGCCACAAGGCGACACAAGUGACGAGAAUACAGCGUGA